AUGCCACCUACUUCUGUGUCGAUGGCAUCUCCUGCCGGUGCCUCCCGUUAUCCAUCGGACGAAACAGCAUCAACGGGGUCAAUCACCACCGCUCCAUUAUUCAAUGGACUUGUUGACGACAUGACGAGUUUCGCUGACCUUGGACAGGCUGAAGGAGGAGACGAGGACAGCGACUCGAACUUUUGGGACAUCAUUGCUGGCUCCCACCUGAAACUAGAAAACUAUGUAGACCAACCUUAUGACCAGGAAAUGGCCGUGCCGGCACCGCACUUCAUGUCUUCGACGACCCCACCUCUCUCGUCAUCGAUGAGCUCAGAAGCGACUGCACCCGUUCCAUUGCCGAGUCUACCGGAGUACGAAGAUUUCUCGACGUUACCAUCAUUGAUGUGCAGCCAAACAGCGCAUCCCGGACUCGCACCCAGCCAUCUUGUUACGUUCGAACCUCGUCAAGACGGCACACCAUUCGCGCUAUCAAAGCCCAUUGUUCGUGAAGAUGGGUUUCUACUCGUGGGCACGGAAGUCAUCGCAGAUGCAUCAUCAAGUACAAAACGCGAGCAGAACCGAAUUUUUGUGACGAAUUUCCUCACCUCAGCGACAACCGCACAGCCACCAGCCCACAUUCUGGUGAAAGAAGAGGUUCGCGAUGCACGCUGGAUAGGUGCCCGAGCCGCCGUAUUGGCCAUCGGCAAAGAGAUCCAGCUCAUUCAGUUAGGUGAUCUCUCCAUGAGAGGUUCUUGCAAGAUGCAAGCUCCAAUCAACGCUGUUCACGCCGACACGAUACGAGAGCUGGCUGUUUCGUCUACUACGAACUCUUACGUGGUGUCUGGGGGCUUUGACGAAACUGUUGUACUGACCGAUCUGCGAAAUCAGGGAGACCCGCAAGCGGCAGCGAUCAUUGGGAAGUAUAACGCGGGCGACGUGGUGAGCAGCGUUCGAUGGACACCUUCGGAUUCUCAAUUGAGUUGGACAACUGAUGGGGGCGAUUUUCAAGUCGCUGACAUGCGUGUUCAAUCGCCUCAGAUGCAAGUCCCCCUUCACACGUACCAGAACCUGACAGCAUUUGGCGGCCUCUUCUCUCACGAAUACUUGAGCCCCCACAACAUCGCUCUCGGGUUCGAGUACGGUCACAUCGCCUUUAUCGAUAUCCGAAUGCCUCGUCACAAUUUUUGCACCUCUACAAUCGAGUCGAAGUUAGAAGGCACCGGUGAAAUCUGUCGUUACAAGACCGACAAAAUUGCGAUCUUUGGAUGUGGCGGGUUUUCCACUGCGUAUAUCGAUGGAACAGCUAAGAGCUUGGAUCAGAUCAUCCUGCAACAGCAUCGGACGCUGACUUCGUACAAAACGAGCGGCGACUUUUCCUAUGAGAGAGGAUUGUAUCUGGCUGUCUCUGACAACACCGGCACAGUGUCCGUGUACACGGAUGAUACCGUCUUUGGCACAUCAACGGCAUCAUGUCACGGCAGCAUUGAUGGCUGGUGA